AGGCUUUUAAGGUGCAUCGCUAUCAGCUUUGCAAAACUAGAGACCGAAAUGAACAGCUAGAUAUAUUCCAUGAUUAAAUCACAUACUGAUAGACUCUGUUUACUUAUUCUGGGACUUCCGAAGACAAUUGAUGGUGCUAUUUUUUAUUAAGGGGUAUCAUUUUGAAAGAGAUUUUGUUAUCACAUAAAAUCUCAAACUUCCCAUUAAAGAUUUUAGUUCUAAGCUGACAAAAUGUGAGAAACGUUAAAGCGAUGUGCAUAUGUUAGUUUUUCCAAGACAUUGUACAAUUCUACUUGUGCUGCCUUAUCUCCCUUAUCUUACUUUGCUCGUCUGGAUUUGCAUGUCAGGUCAGUGAAGUGAUUCAAACAGUAGUGCUCUGGAAAGGUUCAUUUGCCUGUGAUGUGAGUCCGCCAGGUAAACCCUCUCUACUCUUUGCACCUGACUGCAGAGGCUGAGACUCCGAGCUAAAACUGGACGUCAACGUUCGGACUGCCUGGCCAACAUGGGAGUGAAGGAGAUGUUAAAUCUGGCGCGGGUGCCAUCCAUUCUCAUGCUUGGUGUGAUUUAUGUGGCCUACGUGCUGAUCGGUGGCGUGAUUUUCUGGAAACUGGAAGGAGAUCUUGGAGGGAAGGAUCUCUCCAAGUUGCUCCUUAACAAACAGAGGCUGCUAAUGACGUACAGCUGCCUGAACCAAGAAGGUCUAGAGGAAGUGGCUCAGGUUGUUCGAGAUGCAUCAAAGACUGGUCUGAGUUUGAAAGGCAACCAAACCGCAGACGGCUUCUGGAAAUUCACCAGCUCGGCUGUGUUUGCUGCCACUGUGGUCACAACUAUAGGUUAUGGAAACAUGAGCCCCAGCUCAACAGCUGGUCAGAUCUUCUGCGUCUUCUUUGCACUCUUUGGGAUUCCUCUCAACGUAGUGGUGCUCAACAGAGUGGGCAAGUACAUGCUCGCAUUGGAAAGAAAUGUCUCAGACUUCCUAGAAGGCAAAUCUGGACGAAAGAGGUGCACACGGUUUUUUGUCCACCUGUUUUGCUUCAUCUGUGGCACCGUCCUGUUCUUCAUCAUGCCCAUGCUUGUGUUCCAGCAGCAAGAGGGCUGGACCUACUCCCAGGCCAUCUACUACUGCUUCAUCACACUCAGCACCAUUGGUUUUGGGGAUUUUGUAGCAGAUAGUAAUCCAGACAAAGACUACCCUGACUGGUAUAGCGUCCUCAUGGCCUCGUGGAUCUUUUUUGGCCUGGCCUGGCUCGCUCUGCUCAUCAACCACUCCAUUGACAUCCUGGAGCGGCUUAACUCCCUCCUCAAAAAAGGCUGCUGUGGUGAGAAGACUCUGGAAGAGUCUGAGAGCGCAGACAACAACAAUCCCGACACUCAAAUGGAGGAUGAUGAUGAGAUCAAGAAGCCUCCAAUAACUGAGUAAUCUACAACAACAAGGUGAAGGUUUUAGUGAGUCAAUUACACGACCAUUAGCCCUGUAUUUAGAAUGUUUGAACUGGUGACAGGACGUGAGUACAUGUGAUAUCAGGCUGUAAAUGCUGUAAAUCUUCAUAAUCACCAGUUCAUUAGCAUGUGACUGAUCAAAGGUUGUAAAGUUCUGAUAAGUGGCCAACGAGCCGAAUAAGAAAGCGACAUGUCUCAUGUUCCACAGAGGAGAUACAGUUUGUGUUUGUAGUUUGCGUAGUACGUGUCACUUUUACAAAUUUCCAGAGAUGCAGCAAAUAGUCAUACAUGAAUCUGUGUAAAAAUAAUAAGGAUCUAUAUAAUUAAAAACCAUGUUUCAUUAAGAAGUAAUCAUCCUAUUUUGUUAUUCCCUUAAACGCUUAAGGGAACCACUUUUACUGGUUUUAUCAUCAGGAAAAUAUCUACAUGAAUGCAGCGCCAGGCAGGAGGAAGAAAAGUGCAGUCAGUAGCAAUUCUUGUAUUAAUUCUUGUAUAAAUACUGCAAUUAGUUAUUCCCUCCUUUGCGCUCACAGGGAUGAGAGAAGAGAUCUUCAAUAUAUUCUUAAAAAAAGGAAGAAUCUAAUUCUAUUUUUUAUAGUUUGCAUGAAUCCAAACUUUUUAUUUUGUUUUUUUCAUUCUUUCUUUAGGUUUUUAAGAGAGUGAAAACGUUCAUAUAUACACACAAAAGAGGACAGUGUACAAAAACAAAGAGCAAGCUAGAAUUUCUUGAAAAUUUAGAAAUCACUUUCUUUUUCUUUCAACAGCAUCCAUUUUUGCACUCAAAUUCUCACAUUUUUAUUAUAGGUAAAAUAUAAUUUUUUUUUCAAUAAAGUAGAUUUCUGAUUUUGGUUUUGGGUGGACAGUUUUUAACCAUCAUUCUUUGAAGAAAUAAAUAUGUUUUAUGUCAUUGGUCUGUGGGUUGUUAGGGGUUUUAGUGUUACCCUUCUGACUGGGUGUUCCUCGUCUUUUUUAAACAUGCCAUUGUUGAACGAAAACUUAAAUAACCCCAACUUGGAUCCAACCUUACAUAAAACCUAUAGGCCUAUUUCCAAACACCCUUUUAUGUCAAAGUUUUUUGAAAAGGAUUUUGCUGCCCAAUUUACAGCCUACUGGGAAAAAAAUGUCAUUUAUGACUGGGUUUCAUGGAAUUCCUCUGGGCUCCGUGUGGGGACCUAUUGCUUUUUCAUGUCAUUAAGCACCUUAGUAAUGUUUAUUAUGUUGUUACUGAUGAUGUUUUUAUACUCCUCAUUUAAUCCCUGUGUGUCAUAAAUUGUCUUCUUUAAUAAUCACUUAACAAAAAUUAGGCAACUGUUUAAAAAAACAAUUACUUCCAGCUACAACCAGGCAAAAUUGAAAUUUUGUUGACCACUCCAAACAGUAAUCUGUGUCUUACAUUAAACUCUACCUGGGUGAUUUACGACUUGCAGACACUCAGAGACUUAGGUGCUAUUUUUAAUUAGGCUUUUUACCAUUGAGCACCAAUUAAGCAGAUGAUUAAAAACUGUUUAUAUUUCUAUUUCUAUUCGAGGAAUAUCUCAAAGCUUAGACUAAUGAUGUCAAAAGGUAACCUUAAGGUGAUAAUUCAUUCCUUUGUCUCAACUGGACUAUUGUAAUGUCCUUUUUACUUGUUCAGGAAGAAGGGGCUGGCUGCUCUUCAGGUUGUUCAAAACUGCAGAGAGACUGUUGUUGGGCUCAAACAGAGGAACUCAUAUAACCUAUGUUUUAUAGUUGCUACACUGGCUGCCAGUCAGAUCUAGGUUUUACUUUAAAAUGUUAGUCUUAACCUUCUGAGCUUUACAUGGACAAGCUUCUUCUAUUGUUGAUUUGAUUUAAAUAUAGGUCUCUUCCCAUAUUCUGAAGUUACUGAAUCAGAACCUUUUUGUGGUCAUCUACAUCUGCAUCAGAACUCAAGGAGAUUGACCUUUCCAAUCUGGUGUCACGCAGACUGUGGAAAUACACUGCCUAUGUAGUUUUGGACUCUGUUGAUACAUUUAAAAACCAGCUAAAAAUAUUUUUAUUAAAACUUUUAGUGGGUUUUUGUGAAAUGCAUUUUUGACUGUGUUGUGUUGUUUUGUUUUGUUUUUUUGUCAGCAUUAUACAUUGUAUGUUCUUGGGCUACUCUUUUUGUAAAUCACUUUGUGACAUCUGUAUGGGAACUCGUGCUAUAUAAAUGAAUUUUUAUUUACUUUACUCACUUGCUUUUAGAGAAGUACUGGUAUUAUCCCCAGGUACCAAACAGAGAUCUCUGUAGACUGUACAACUUGAGGUGGAUUCACAGAGCCUAAUAACAUCUUCACAAAAAGACUGAAGUUCAGGACGUUUGGAAAAGAAUAUGUAAGCAGUCUAGGCCAUUUUAUAUUUUACAGUUUUCGUGCUUGUCUCAAGUCAAGGUUUUUUAGAUAGCCUUGAUACAAAAACAACAUUGUAAAUGCUCCUAGUUUGUCAUUUCCCAAACAUAAAUAAAAGGUUCCACAAAGAUGAA